GGGCUCAGUGAGUUAGAAGACUUACAAGAACGCUACAGUCGUCUAGAGCAUCUUUACAGCGAGGCAGUGAAAGAAAGAGACGAAGCGAUCGAAGAAAGAAACAAAGCCACUGUCCUUAUUGCACUUCAGUUACAAACUGAAACACAAGAACUUAACGAACAGAUUAAUUCUUUGCAGAACGAGAAGCAGAAACUAAUCGAGGAGAACGAAGAUUUGAAAAUUCGACUGGGUUAUGCGAAAGAUGAUUUAAACAAGUUGCAACAAAAACAUAUCAAGCUACAGAUUGAACAAGAACAGUGCUUACAAGAAAAAGAAGAUGCCUUAGCUUUGCUGAAGGAGUUGGAAACCCAGAAAGAAACUUUGAAGCGCGAAAGCAACCAAGAAGAGAACAAACAAGACGAAGACAAAAUGGCGAACCAAGAAAUGGUAAGUGAACAAUACAAUAGGCGAAUUUACAGCAUUCGGGCACCGCAUGAGAUGGUCGAAAAU